UCAUUCCUUCUACUUCAUUCUUGUUCUCUCAAUUCUCUCUCAUUCUGUUUCUUCAGUUUUUCUCUGAAUGAGGGUAUACAAGUAAAACAAGGCAGAGCACGUUGUCGCAUACACCUAUCUGCAAAGACUCUGGCUUUGACCAUUAUCAUCCUGUUUCUUUUAAGUAGCUGAUUUUGAGUUGGCGGUAAGAAAGGUUUAAUAAGGAGAAGGCCAAAAAUUAAGGAAGAGGAGGGAUGAAGAAAAUGAAGUACAUCCUGGUGACUGGCGGAGUAGUUAGUGGACUCGGGAAAGGAGUGACCGCUAGCAGCAUCGGGUUACUUCUCAAGGCUUGUGGACUUCGCGUUACUUCUAUCAAGAUUGAUCCUUACUUAAAUAGCGAUGCUGGGACGAUGUCCCCUUUUGAGCACGGGGAAGUUUUUGUCUUAGACGAUGGUGGUGAGGUGGACCUGGACCUUGGAAAUUAUGAGCGCUUUCUGGAUGUCAAACUGACUCGUGAUAAUAACAUCACAACGGGAAAGAUUUACCAAUAUGUUCUUGACAAGGAGAGAAGGGGUGAUUAUCUUGGAAAAACUGUUCAGGUUGUUCCUCACAUUACAGAUGCCAUUCAAGAAUGGAUUGAGCGUGUAGCAAUGAUUCCUGUUGAUGGAAAGGAAGGUCCAGCUGAUGUUUGUGUCAUUGAAUUAGGUGGAACAAUAGGGGACAUUGAGUCCAUGCCAUUUAUUGAGGCGUUAGGCCAGUUCUCAUACCGUGUAGGUGCGGGCAACUUCUGUCUGAUUCAUGUCAGCCUGGUACCUGUUCUAAAUGUUGUUGGUGAACAAAUGAUUGAUCCUCUUUUUGCGUCUUGGAACAAAUUAAUCAAUUGGCCAAUGAACUUUUGCCAUCUUGUCUACCAUGUUCAGAAAACAAAGCCCACACAGCACAGUGUUCGUGGAUUGAGAGGCCUGGGUUUGACACCUAAUAUCUUAGCUUGUCGCAGUACAAUGGCACUUGAUGACAAUGUGAAGGAGAAACUCUCUCAGUUUUGCCAUGUCCCGGCAGAAGAUGUUAUCACUCUUUAUGAUGUUCCCAACAUCUGGCAUGUCCCUUUGCUACUGAGAGACCAGAAGGCUCAUGAGGCAAUUUUCAAAGUGCUUAAUCUUCCAGGUAUUGCAAAGGAGCCUUCUUUAAAGGAGUGGACAACUAGGACUGAAAUUUGUGAUGGGUUACAUGAGCGAGUCAGAAUUGCUAUAGUGGGGAAGUACACAGGCCUUCCUGAUUCCUAUCUUUCUGUACUGAAGGCUCUGUUACAUGCAUCUGUUGCUUGCCGCAAGAAACUUGUUGUGGACUGGGUUCCUGCAAGCGACCUUGAAGAUAUGACAGAAAUUGAGAAUCUUGAUGCUUAUAAGGCUGCAUGGAAGUUGUUAAAGAGUGCGGAUGGUGUUCUUGUUCCUGGAGGAUUUGGUGACAGAGGGGUGCAAGGAAAAAUUCUUGCAGCAAAGUACGCACGGGAAAAUAGAAUUCCCUUUUUUGGAAUAUGUCUGGGAAUGCAGGUUGCUGUUAUUGAGUUUGCACGAUCUGUUCUCGGAUUGACGGAUGCUAACAGCACUGAGUUUGAUCCUAGCACCCGGAAUCCUUGCGUUAUAUUUAUGCCCGAGGGCUCAAAAACGCAAAUGGGUGGUACCAUGCGUCUUGGAUCAAGGAGAACAUAUUUCGAAGUCAUGGACUGCAAAUCUGUGAAAUUGUAUGGAAAUAGAAGGUAUAUAGAUGAGAGACAUCGGCAUAGGUACGAGGUGAAUCCUGAUAUAGUAGGACGACUUGAAAAUGCUGGCCUAUCUUUCACUGGCAAGGACGAAAGUGGUCAGCGAAUGGAGGUUAUUGAAGUACCUGAUCAUCCAUACUAUAUUGGUGUCCAAUUCCAUCCGGAAUUUAAAUCAAGACCAGGAAAACCUUCUGCCUUAUUCUUAGGUUUAGUAGCUGCAGCUUGUGGACAAUUAGAUGCUCUUUUACAAGGUUUCGAAAGCCGAGAGAAGGUCAAUUGUGAAAUUGGUAAUGGUCCCUCUAACAAGAAAGUUUACCAAAACGGAUAUGCUACAAAGCCUGCAAAUAUCAUAAGAGAUGCUAUAUACAGUUAUUGCAACGGAUUGUCCUGUACAGUCAUUUGAUUAAUGCGCGGGUCUAAUAGCUUUUCUGGAGGAUUGCAGUUAUAAAAAUAGCUGGAUCCCUAUAUUUUAACAGGGGACAGCUUCUUGUAUGGUUACAAUUAUAAUUUUAUUUGGCUUGGCCUUUCGGCUCGUUGGUUGCGUUUUAUGGUUCAUCUUGGUAUAU